UCUCUGCUGUGCUGCGCCCGGUGACCUCUGACCUCGUAUCCCUGACGCUGUGCGUUGCCGGCGGCCCGGGCAGGAGGCCCGGCCGGGGAGGGUCCGGCUGCGGCCGCCGCUGAGGGCUGGCGAGGCGGCCCGGCUAUGCCGUCCGAGUCAGUGUGCCUGCGACCUCCGCAGCAGCCGGAAGGCAGGAUGCUCAAGGGGCAGCGUCCAGGCACAGACAGAGACCUCGCGCAGAGCUCCAGCCCCGGGUCCCCGCCCUCCACCGCCUGCCAGGGCCCGGAGAAGAGCCCCGUCCUUCCUUGCAGCAUUCCCGCAAAACUCAGCAGUGGGGACCCACAGGCGGAGGCCAGACCCAUCGCCCCGCAUCCUCCGGCCAGGCCCAGGCUGGAGCGAGCCCUGUCCCUGGACGACAAGGGCUGGAGGAGGCGGCGCUUUCGAGGCAGCCAGGAGGACCUGGCAGCCCGGAAUGGGGCGGGUCCGUCCGGGGCCUCUGAGCAGAGGGACGGCCCCCCGGCCCCCACCCCCGCUCUCUCCCCACCCUGCCUGAGCACCUCCUUGCAGGAGAUCCCCAAGUGCCGCAGGGGCCCAGGCAGCGAGGGCGGGAGCCCAUCUCCGGGGGGUAAGCGUCUCUCCGGGGUGCUCAGCGGCUCCCUGGACCUGCUGCCCAGAGACGAGCUCGGCUCAGCGCGCCCCCCCAGGUUGGCCAGCCUGCUUCCCCCUCGCCCCCCGCCCGCCAUGGACCUGGACGUGGCCUCCGACUCCCUGAGGACGGCAAACAAGGUGGACGCGGACCACGCCGACUACAAGCUCCGAGCACAGACCCGGCUGGUGCGGGCCCACAGCAGCCUGGGCCCCGGCCGGCCCCGGAGCCCCCUGGCCUGCGACAGCUGCUCCCUGCGCUCAGCCAAGUCUGCCUUCAGUCUCCUGGCGCCCAUCCGCACCAAGGACGUCCGCAGCAGGAGCUACCUGGAGGGGAGUCUCCUGGCCAGCGGGGCCCUGCUGGGGGCGGACGAGCUGGCCCGCUACUUCCCGGACCGGAACGUGGCCCUCUUUGUGGCCACCUGGAACAUGCAGGGCCAGAAGGAGCUGCCGCCAAGCCUGGACGAGCUUCUGCUUCCGGCCGAGGCAGACUACGCCCAGGACCUGUACGUGGUCGGCGUGCAGGAGGGCUGCUCCGACAGGCGGGAGUGGGAGACUCGUCUGCAGGAGACGCUGGGUCCCCACUACGUGCUCCUGUCCUCAGCGGCCCACGGGGUGCUGUACCUGUCCCUGUUCAUCCGCCGGGACCUCAUCUGGUUCUGCUCAGAGGUGGAGUGCUCCACGGUGACCACGCGCAUCGUGUCCCAGAUCAAGACCAAGGGCGCCCUGGGCGUCAGCUUCACCUUCUUCGGCACCUCCUUCCUCUUCAUCACGUCGCACUUCACCUCUGGAGACGGGAAGGUGGCGGAGCGGCUGCUGGACUACACCAGGACGGUGCAGGCCCUGGCCCUGCCGCGGAACGUGCCGGACACCAACCCCUACCGCUCCAGCGCAGCGGACGUCACCACCCGCUUCGACGAGGUGUUCUGGUUUGGGGACUUCAACUUCCGCCUGAGCGGGGGGCGCGCGGCCGUGGACGCCCUCCUGCAGCGGGGCCCAGAGGCGGACGUGCCGGCGCUGCUGCAGUACGACCAGCUGACGCGGGAGAUGAAGAAAGGGUCCGUCUUCAAGGGCUUCCAGGAGCCAGACAUCCACUUCCUGCCGUCGUACAAGUUCGACCUCGGGAAGGACACCUACGACAGCACAUCCAAGCAGAGGACCCCGUCCUACACGGACCGGGUCCUGUACAGAAGCCGCCACAAGGGUGACAUCUGUCCAGUGAAGUACGCUUCCUGCCCUGGGAUCAAGACGUCCGACCACCGCCCUGUGUACGGCCUGUUCCAAGUGAAAGUGCGGCCCGGGCGUGACAACAUCCCGCUGGCUGCCGGCAAGUUUGACCGAGAACUGUACUUGAUAGGAAUUAAAAGACGGAUUUCAAAAGAAAUUCAGAGACAGCAGGCGCUUAAGAACCAGAACUCCAGCACCAUCUGCACCGUCUCUUGACGCUGCACGAGGACUCAACAGAGGACUCGCCAGCUGCAGUGUGGGAGGGCAUUUGACCAAAGUCACUGGAAGACGGAAGCGUCCGCCACUGGGUGGCCUCUCGCCCUCUUUGGGACCCCCGUGGGCCAGCCCCGGCCGUCCCGCGUUCUUCUCAAGUGGGGCUGUGGCGAGGCCGUGGCCUGCUGUGUUCGUGUCCCGGCAAGGAAGCCGGCCCUCGGCCUGGGCGCACCUGUCCCGGCCAGGACGCGCCCCCACGGGCACAGGUGGAGCUUCACUCACCCUCAGGGCAGGCAGAGCUCGGACCCCGCACCAUGGCACCACACCCCCAGCAGCCCCCACGCCCCAGAGGCAGCCGCAGGGUCCCCCACACUUCCUGCCAGUGAGCGCCCUUGUUCAUGCCUUCACAUUCAGGUCGAUGUCUCUGGACCUGCGUCCUCCUGGCAGCCCCUCACUCACUCACACUCACACACACACACACAGCCGGGCCCUUCCUCCAAGUACCCCACGCCACACGGUGUCUGCACAGGCUGAGUUGGGGCCCCUGGAGUGCCUGAGAGCCCAGCUGACAAAGCCAGACACUUGGACCUGAUGCGGUCCCCCCCCUGCUAGGCUGCAAGUCACCGCCUUGGGACAAGGAGGCGAAUAAGAUGAGUAAGACACUACUUCCCGUCUCACGCCGUGAAAACACGUCGCAGUUUGGUAGCUUUGGCCACAGAAGGACAUUAGUAGAGCAGGGCUGGGAACUGCCGGAAGCUUAAGAGUGUCACCGCCGUCCACCUGGCCAGCACCCAGCACCACGUCCGGGUGUUUCCCUGGAGAGGGUUCAGAACGCGUCCUUGCUCUUUGCAGCUUACCCCGUCUUUUGAAAAAAAUAAUGUAGGCUUUGGAUGUGUGAAAAUCUAGGGACAUUCAAUCUAGUCUUUCAAAUUAUUUAUUUUUCCAUAUUUAUGUUUUUAAAUAAAUGCAUAUAUUGGCUCUUAAACUCUCUUUCUAGCCAAAGAUUGAAUCUUGGGAAGGAACAACCUAUGUGUACCCUUUUCUUGCAGUGUUCUUGUUUUAAAAGGCUGUAAAACUCAAAGGCAAAAAGUCUGGACUCAGCCACCAGUUGCUGACCACACUGCUACCUGACGCUCCGCUGCCGGGCAAACCCUGUCCCAUUGUGCUGACCUGGAGGUUCCAGUGAAUAGUACGUGAAACUUCCAAUGUUACCUUCCAAAAUAUGGAGGCAAUACACACCUAAUCUGUCGGUAAAAAUGAGAGAAAUUCCAUUAGCAAGAGGUUACAGGCAGGCCUGUCUACACCAGUCUGUACGUAUGAGAUUUUGUUCAAACAAAUCAACCAAUUAAAAAUCUCAUUGUUGCAAAGA